GAUAUUGUGCUUGCCACCGACGCUGGCCAUCUCCUGUGGAGCAAUGCCAGCUCAUAGGCACACUCACAUGCCAAAUCCCACCGUUAUUCACCCCAUAGAUGCUUCCAUACUGCGCUACCAUACCGGUCUCCCAUGGUGUAAACACAUCCGGACACCACUGCGAUGGCCAAAACACCCGGACAUCUCUAUGUGUGGCCCGUACCAUGUCAUCGCUGAAUUUUUUUUUUUUUCUUUCGUCCCUCGACGGAUUUUUUUUCCUCAAUAAACCACAGCUUUAUCAACUUUUAAAAGCUGUGGAAAUUAUCUGAAAAAAUGAGUGAAGAAGUUGCCAAAGUUGUUGAAGAGAAGCCAGUUGAGACUGUUGCAGAUGCUGUUAAACCAUCUGAGGUCCCUGCUGUGGAAAAGACCGUUGAGGAGAGCACCUCUGAUAAGAAGGAGAGCGAUGAGCCAGCCAAGUUUACACAGGAGGAUGUCUUGAAACAGGUUGAGUUCUACUUCAGUGACUCGAACUUGCCAAAGGACAAGUUCCUCUGGCGCACGGUACAGUCGAACCAAGAAGGCUGGGUUUCAAUUGCGACGAUUGCGUCGUUCAACAGAAUGAAGAAGUUCAGACCAUUGGACAAGGUUGUGGAUGCCCUUAGAGAGUCGACGUUCCUCGUUGUGUCUGAGGAUGGUGAAAUGGUUAGACGCAAGAACCCUAUACUACCACCAAAGGACUCGGAGAAGCAGCUACGCUUCCAAAGAUCUGUCUAUGCAAAGGGAUUUGGCGAGGAGACCGAGACCACACAGGAGACAAUUGAAGAUUGGUUCAGACAGUUUGGUAAGAUCAACGAGGUUAGACUCAGAAGAAACGACAGCAAAGAGUUCAAGCAGAGUGUGUUUGCCGAGUUUGCGGACUUGGAGGAUGCAAAGAAGUUUGUCGAGUUGAACCCAAAGCCUGAGUUCAACGGUAAAGAGCUCGAAGUGAUUAUGUCCAAGCCUGCGUACGUUGAGAUGAAGGCCCAAAAUGAAAACUUUGGAGGUAACAACAACAACAACAAGAACUUCAAGAGAAAGAGAUUCAACGGGUUCAAACACCACCAGAAGCGUCAAAGAAGGGAUUAGCUUGUAACUUGCAAUGUUGAUUUAGUAGCUUUUUUUUGAUUCCGUCUGCUCUUUCCCUUCUUUUCAAUUCAUGACAAAUUUGUACAUUUAUAGCGUUAAUUCUUGAAGGAAACAGUUUUCAGAAACAAGCAAUAUCAUUUAAUAUUUGUAUCGACAG